AUGAGAAGUACGCAUACCUAUAAUGAUUUGAUCAAACGAGGCGGUGUACAAAGUAUGGAAAAAAAUGAUUUAUUUUAUAAACGUGAAUUAUGGAUCGAUCCAGGUUCGCCUCUAUCGAUUUUAUUCACUUCUGGCUCGACGGGUCAUCCAAAACCAGUCGUUCUAACCAAUAUUGCUAUUGUAAACAGUACGAAAAUUUUAGCAAACCAUUUUGGCGCGUUUUGUUUACGCUAUUGUGCACCUCUAUCAAUGGUUCACAUUAGUACUGGUAUUAGAGGUGCGCUUCUUCCUUCGGCAACCAGAUGUACAGUUAUAAUACCAUCUCAGGCCUAUGAUGCGGCAGCGGUCAUGCGCGCGAUAGAUGAGGAAAAGUGCACAUGUAUGAUGGCAGGACCCGCUCUUUUUCAUAACAUCCUUGCACAUUCCGAUCGACAUAAGUACUCUAUGACAUCGUUACAAUAUGUAAGUCUAAGUGGAACAUCAAUAAAGCCUGAACUUUUGCGUAAGCUCGAGACAGAAUUAGGCAUUGGUCGAACGGGUCAAGUGUACGGCAUGACAGAGAGUGCAAGUCUAUUAACUAGUAGUUUAUAUGCCAAGUCUAAUGACAAUCGAAAACAUACAUCCAUCGGUCAAUGUAUGCCGCACAUAGAAUUGAAAUUAGUUAAUGAUAACGGAAUAACAGUACCGAUUGGCAUUCAAGGUGAAGUAUGGGCUCGAGGUUAUUCUGUCAUGCAUGGCUAUUAUAAUGAUUGUGAAAAAACAGCUGAGACAAUUACUGAUGAUGGCUGGCUGCGAACAGGUGAUCUGGCAAAGAUGGAUCAAGACGGAUAUUUCUAUUUUGUGGGAAGAAAAAAAGAAAUUAUCAUUCGAGAUACAGGUAAUGUUUAUCCGAUAGAGAUCGAAAUGGUUAUCGGAGAACAUCCGAGUGUUUCUGAAGUUCAUGUCUUCUCGAUUCCUGAUAGUUUUACAGACGCAGUCGUGUGUGCAUUUGUGGCACUCCAACCAACUAUGACAUGUGAAGUGGAAGAACUUAAAUUAUUUCUCAGCGAUAAACUAGCCGCAUACAAGAUACCCGAACAUAUUCGCUUCGUAGGCAACUUUCCUCGAACAUCAACAGGAAAAGUGUCAAAAUUGAAGUUAGCUGAAAUCAUGGUUAAAGAGAUCAAUACAAUAAGCUAA